AUGGACUCGUCGCUGGUGCCUGUAGACCCCUUUGGGAGGUCUGUGGUGCGUUGGCCGCAAGAGGAGGAUGACGAAGAGGAGGUCAUCCCGCUUGGGGAGGAGAGCACCAUGGUUCACGCGGAUGCGAUGGAGGAGCUGUCUCUCCUCCCCGCCUUGGGAGACGACGUGAGCGAGUUGGUCACCCGCGUGCGCGUGAGGCACCUCACGGCAUCAUUCCGCUUGGGGAUUCCUUUGGACCUGAAGCAACUCGCUUCGCAGGCGCCCAAUGCCGAGCUCCGACAACGACACACGGAGAAGGGCCAGCGCUUGGUGCUGAUGGGCUUGACCGCGCCCCGGUGGACGGGAUCCUUGCGCUCCGAUGGCCGCGUGCAGCUCUUUGCGCCCCACGCCACGGAGGAGCAGGCGCGUCUGAUGGGCAAGAAGCUGGCACGCAUCGUGCGGCGCGUCCAUUGCGCGGCGGUCACCUUCAAAGAUUGGCAGGUGCAGUGCAUGUCGGUGACAGCCAAUCUGCCAUUUUCGAUUGACCUGAACCACUCGGUGGCCAAGCUGCUGGACGCCGAUGCCGGAGACGGUUUGCGCCUGACCAGCGAAACCAGGUCCACAUUGGUGGUCGAGGUGAAGGACCUCGGAAACCUUCGCGUGCAUGUGUCGCAGCGAGGGCUCUUGAUGGUCUACACCCGAGACAUGUCUGUGGCCGUGAAGGCCUUCCAGGUGUUGGCCGGCGUCUUGCAGGCUUCGGCCCAGUGGUGGUCGACCGAACUGCAGGACUGGUCGGGGGGGCCGUCUCGGAGGCCGGGGAGGCUGCUUCCAAGGUGCCAGACCUCCGGAACGCGCCCUGCCCGAUGGAAAGCUGCGCCGAAAACGACCGCUUGCUGCGCUGCGCUGCGCAGCGAGUCGCGCGAGAACGACCGUGUGGCAUUGGUCGCCUCUGGAUUUCUUGAGGAUGGGCAGCGCGCCCUCUUCGGAGGCGUCCGAGAGCACAGGCGAAGCAGGUGCGCUGGUAGCAGUCAAGCCGAAGAGAACCUGGAAGCAAUACGUGAGGCGUCAGUGGUGCCCCGGUGCGGAUCGCCCGUGGGGGCGCACGGUGGCUGUGGAUCUCCCUGGGUCGAUGCGCGGAUGCGAAAGAAGUUGCUGGCGACCUGUCGCAUGGGGCAGCUGGUCUUUUGGAGCCGCAGGUUUCUGUCUUUAAGGCGUUACGGCAGCUACUACCGGUGA